AUGGCGACCGCUUCGUGCUCUCGAUUCGGCGCCGGUGUAAAAAUUGUCUCAAACGGGCGGGAGAACAGGCAAACUGCCAGUCCUCACGACCGUUCUUCUCCGCCUUCGCCAAAUUGGUUAGUUGAUGCAAUUCUCCACUCAGCCCUCACCCUUGCUUCCGGCGCCGGAAAAAUCCUCUCCUCCGUUCUCCUUUCCGACUCUUCUUCUUCUUCUUCUUCUGAAGAUGUUGACUCCGCUUCUGGCACCUCAGGACAGGAUAUCGAGGUUUUUGCACUGGAUUCAUUGAAAUGUAGGAUGAAUAAGGAACAAGAGUCCCAAUUUAUUGCAAGGAAAAGUAUAAUUGAACGGUUGAUUAUGCAGGAGACAUUUUCAAGGGAAGAGUGUGAUCGACUGAUUAACAUUGUUAACUCACGAGUAAUGGGUUAUUCCGCAAUUGAAGCUGGGGCGAAUGGUCUACAUACUGAUGCACUGAGGGAUAUAGUUGGCAAUGGAACUGUUGAUCUCUACAAUGAAGAUGUUGUGGAAGCCAAAAUAUGGUUUGAAGUGCAGAAAAUGCAAUUAAAUGCAGGGUCAGAUUUGGCACAUGGGACCUGUGGUUUGAACUCCGCUGUGGUUGAACCUAUAGAAAGCGAAGUUGGUCCAUCUGUGGAUAUGGCUAAAUCCCAUAUGAAUGUCCAUCCACCUUGGGCCUGUCCUUCAAAACAUACUGAAUUAAGAACUCCAUCCACAAUGGCAAUGGAGCUGUUCAAGGAAGGAACAUCGUAUUCAAGUGGAAAUGAUUACUUGUCUUCAAAGAAACAGGAUUCUCUUUCAUCUGGGUCAUGGAAUAUUCAGGAGGAACUUCGAAGAGUGCAUUUAAAGGCAACAGAAGAUAUGCUAUGCUCUCCAUCCUCAAAGAUCGAUCCAUCAUUAUCUAUGUUUGCACCAAAGAUUGGCCAGGAGUCUUCGGUAUCUGAGAUAUUAUCAGCUGUUGUGGGAGAGAAAAUGAUUGAGCCAAAAGAACCUAACCCCAUAGAUCCAUCUCUAAACUUGGAUGCUGGAAUGGGCACUGAUUUUGGUGUCAUAGCUAUGAAUUGGCUCUCGGGUAAUCAAAGAAGAUGGAAUGUGAGUGACAAGGUAAACAAGGCAAAUAGAAGGGCAGCUGAACUGAAGCAAGAACGCGAACUCAAGAGACUCAAGAGUUCCAUAAAUUACAAUGGGAGAAAGGAACAAGGAAAAGAGACUGUAAAUCCAAGCACAGUAUAG